AUGGCUACGCCGGUCGAUGUAUACCUCAGAGAUAUCAUAACACUCCCUCCAGCUAGUACAUCUAACAUGGCAUGUCAAAGAUGCUUGAACUCCACUGGGAACCCAAAUUAUCUUUACGCCAACGGCAAGUGUAACACACUCGACAAUGGAGACAAGUACUAUGCCUGUAGCUCAAGGUGGCGGUGCGGAAUAUGCAUGAUGUUCAAAGGCGAGCAAUGUAUGGGCGACAUGGUUCGACUCGAUGACACUAGCGCGGGCUCGGGUGGGUGGCAUUGGGGUGACUUGAAGGAGGCGCAGAGUUAUUAUUGCUUCUAG